CCUGUCUGGGGUUGACAGUAGCAGCAUUAACAUUGGAGAUGUGAUGUAGACAUCUGUCUUUUUUGAAAUGAAAAUUGUACUGUGAACUUCAUAUGCGUUCUUUGCUUCUCUGUGCAAAACAAAGUUUUUGCUGCUAGAGUUUCAGGACACUCCAGCAUGAGAACUGGGGAAGCAUUUCUAAGGUGAGUGAGCACUACACAUAGUAGCAUAUGUUUUAUUUCUCUUUGGCCUAUGCAUGAUUAUAGCUGAGGGCCCAGAAACAAAAAACUGUGUUUUGUCACCCGUCCUCUGAAGUAAUACAUCCACCAAUCCAAAAAAUCAUCCGAAUUUAGUAAAUGUAUUGAAGUGUCUGAAAACCAGUAAUGAAUGAGGACAGCAGUUUCGAUCUAUUCCUGAAUGUGUAUUUUGAAACACAAAUAUGAAAUAUACUUACUUCUCAGUAUUUUAAAUUUGUGAUACUGUCAUGCACAGCAAAAGGAUGGGAAUGGCACAGGGCAGGCAUUGUCUCUUGGACCAGUAAUGUAUGCUUCCAAAAAUUGUUGUGGCUUUUUUUGUAAUGGGACUUUAACCUUUUCACAUUUUUUUUUAAAAAUUCUGUGAAUAUAAGAGAUCAUUAAAUAAUGUUGAGAGUUAGUGCCAAAUCAGUUCUUUCGCAAGAUGAAAUACUUUCAACAUUGCCUGUUUAUAUUAAAUAUUACACUUUUAGCUGCUGGUGUCAUAAGCAGCUGGGGUUGUGGUGACAAAAGAUUGUUACUCCCUUCACUGCUGUCAUGAUGCUUUUGAGAGUAACCAUACACUCUGUACUGCAGUAAAAUGUCUUUGCUUCUGGUGCCUUGGGCAACAGAAGUCAUUCUCUAGUAAGUCAAAAAUGAAGGAAAUACUUUUUUACAAGACUUACAAGAAUGCAAUAUUUCUUGGCUGCUGGGGAGCUGUCACCCCAGCACAUUUGCCAACUGAGAUUUGCUGUCUGAAAGUGGAAUGUAAACCUAGUCUGACAGUGGACUCCACCUCUAGAAAUGGAGUAGGAUUUGCUUAUUCUUUUGUGCUUGGUCAUUGAAGAAGAGGAACAUUAACCACGAGAAGGAGCUUGUUCUUUUUUCAGGCAUCAUCUGUUGACACACUGAACCCUAUUUCCUUUUCCUUGAGAAAGAUGUACUGCUCAUGUUUUAACAAAAGCUUUCAUGAAUGGGCUUAGUACCUAAAAAAAAAACCUUUGGAAGAGAAGGUGAUUUGAAAACGUUUUGGACACAAUUGGGAAGUAGAAGAGUGGAUGUCAUAUUUGAGCAGGUGCAAAAUGUGCUGCUGUUGCUAAAGGAAAAGAUCAAGAAUGGAACUGCCACAAACCAAGAAUGCUGGCAGGCUUGGGCACUGGUGAAUGAAGCUAAUCUAAGUGAUCUCUUAACUUUGACAAACGUAAGUGAUGGGUUUGAUGGAGAUGGAGUACAGGAAACCAAACCCAAAUUGCAGCAUCCUCUUGCAGAUGACAACACUGCAAAUGCUGUAGAAGGUUCUGACAGUAACAAGAAAGAGGAGAUGGAAAGAACAUGGUCAGGGACUAAAAAAGCAUCUAGCGAAAUUCAACACUUACCUUUAAACCUGCAGUAUCAGAACCACAAGUGCUCUAGUGCAUGUCUUGCCAAGAGAGCAGCGGGCUCCUACAAGGGUGAAAACCCUCUGAAGAUGCCAAUCCUGUUUCACUUUCAAAGACGGCACGCAAAAGCAGACUGCCUUUCGAAAUCGCUGGAUGUGAAUUACAAAGCUCCUUGCGGUCGGAGUCUGAGAAGCUUUCGAGAUGUGCAAAAUUAUUUGUUUGAAACAAAGUGCAAUUUCUUAUUCGUUGAUCACUUUUCCUUCAACACAUAUGUACUGUUGGGCAGGAACACCAUGAAUCCCGAACCCCUUGUGUUUGACUUUGAUAUUAGCAACGGAGCCGAGUCUGUGCCCAUCUCCUUCUGUAACAAUCUUGACCGCGCAAGGUUACCUUAUUUCAAAUAUCGGAAGUCAUCGUGGCCACGUGGAUAUUAUCUCAACAACUUCUCCAGCCUGUUUGUGGAUUCAUGUGACUGCACAGAUGGCUGCAUUGAUAAGUCAAAAUGUGCGUGCCUACAGCUAACUGCAAGAGGCUGUAGUAAAACUUCUCUAUCUUCAGGUAGUAAAAGAUGCCGUGGAUACCGUUACAAAAGACUAGAGGGACCUGUUUCUAGUGGAAUUUACGAGUGCAGUGUGUUAUGCAGGUGUGACAAGUUGAUGUGUCAGAACAGAGUUGUACAGCACGGCAUUCAAGUCAGGUUGCAAGUGUUCAACACUGAAAAGAAAGGUUGGGGUGUCCGCUGCCUGGAUGAUAUCGACAAGGGGACAUUUGUUUGUACCUACUCAGGCAGAUUAAUGAGCAGAGCUGAAGUAUUGGGAGAUGCUGGUCAAGAGCUGAAAGAAGGGAGUGCUGUGAAUGACAGAAACCAUGGGGGUUUUUCCAAAAAAAGAAAACUUGACACUGAUUGUUCAAAUUCAGUCAUUGAACUAGUGCAGACUGGUAAACAUGACAUUCUUGAGAAUAAGGAAUCUUUGUCUCAAACUGUGGAUAGUGAAAAUAAAUCAACCCUGGUUCAUCCAGAGAACUCGAGUAUUGCAACCACAAGGCCUGGAAGAACAGGGUUUUUUCACAAUCAUCAGCUAAAAAUGGUGCACAGUGCCAGCUCAGAUGAAGAUAAUAGUUCUCAGAUUCAUCAGUCAAGCAAAACAAAAGUAAACAGUGGAACAAAGAAAGGAAAAGAAAAAUCCACCGAGGAGCAGAAGGAAGACCAUCCGAUGGAAAUUGGACAGACUGAGUCUGUUGGUGUGGACAGUGCGAGAUGCAAAAGAAAGAGUCUGUCACUGCAGGGUGUUGAUUGUGGCAAGUCAGGUGUGCUGGAUGACACAUGUGUUGCGAGGCCAUCCAAUAAUAUACCCCUAAAAGCUGACUGCAAAGAGGAAAAUAGCAGGCAGUCAAGUCAAGAUGCAUUUUGUGAGGAGGCUGAUGGAGAUGGGAUGCUUCUGAAGAAUGCCAGUGAAGAAAAUAUUUAUGUACUGGAUGCCACAAAAGAAGGAAAUGUGGGUCGUUUUCUAAAUCACAGCUGCUGCCCAAAUCUCUUUGCACAAAGCGUGUUUGUAGAGACUCACAACAGAAGUUUUCCAUGGGUGGCAUUCUUCACAAACAGACAUGUGAAAGCUGGAACCGAACUCACCUGGGAUUAUGGCUAUGAAGCUGGAAGCAUGCCAGAGACAGAAAUUUCCUGUCAGUGUGGAGUUCAGAAGUGCAGGAAAAAAAUCUUAUAGGCAAAGCUUCCCUACUGCCAACACACCUUGUACCCUGGGAUUUAUAUGCUGGACAGGACUACUACACAGCAAACAGUGUGCUCAAGUCUGUGGUGCUAAUUGCAUUCAAUUAAAAUGCCUUUCACCUGAUGUUUUUUUAAAUUUAUAUUUAAAUGUCAUUUUUGUAGUUUACUGAAUUAGAAUUCUUUGUCCUAAGAACAGGCAUCAAACUUUUCCUAGAUAAUUUCUGUGCUCCUGGUCUUCCCCCUCCCCUCUUCUCAUCCACAAGCAAAGUUCACAGUGCACUGGAAGAACUUGUGCUCCAUGCCAUCUGCAGCAGAGACACAACUGAUGAGAGCAAGAGUUUGUUGGUGUUUUCUGUGCCCUCUCACAGUGCUGAGUUAGUAAAACUUGCUUUUCUGAAA